AUGAUGGAAAGAGUUGGUUCCACACAAAGAUGAGGAGGGAAACGCUACAAAAUUGGGGAAAAACUUAACGGACUCACCACCACCAGCCGUCGUGUGAGCGAUCAUAUGCGCCCUUCGUCCUCUCAUGUCUCCUUUUCUCCCGUGAAUCCUUUCAUGUCUCCACAUAAAAAGCAAUUUUUCCCCUUAAUUUAUGUUUCUCUAAUUAUAGUUAUAUAAUUAUAUACUGUAUAUAUUUAUAUACAUAUUCGCACAAUUCAGUCACACUUUUCCGCUUCGCUACCCAUAACGGCCCAACCAUAAUGAAACGGACUGAAUCUCUUCAUUCUCUCAUUCCUUUCGUUUUCACGAUUCUGCUUCUCAAUGGAUUGCCGGCGACGGAAUCGCACAAUUACGCCGACGCAUUGACGAAGUGCUUGCUGUUCUUCGAGGGCCAGCGCUCCGGCCGCUUGCCGCCGGAGCAGAGGAUGACGUGGCGGGGGCAUUCGGGGUUGGGAGAUGGCAAGGCGGCCAACAUGGACCUCACCGGCGGCUAUUACGACGCCGGCGACAACAUCAAGUUCGGAUUCCCGAUGGCCUUCACCACCACAAUGCUCGCCUGGAGUGUCAUUGAAUUCGGGCGGCACAUGCCGGCGGCGGAGUUGGAGAAUGCGUUGGUGGCUAUUAAGUGGGCCACCGAUUACCUUCUCAAAACUGUGUCUCAGCCCGACCGCAUUUUCGUACAGGUGGGAGAUCCGAUAUUGGACCAUAUGUGUUGGGAACGGCCGGAAGAUAUGGAUACACCUCGGACUGUGUACAGUGUGGAUGCCCCGAACCCGGCAUCCGACAUAGCCGGAGAGACCGCUGCCGCUUUGGCCGCUUCAUCCAUGGCAUUCCGGUCAUCCGACCCCGACUAUGCUCAUAUUCUGUUGUCAAAUGCCACACGGGUCUUCACUUAUGCAGAUUCUUUCCGGGGAGCUUACAGUGACAAUGCUAAUAUUAGGGGCGCCGUUUGCCCCUUUUACUGCGAUUUCGAUGGAUAUCAGGAUGAGUUGCUGUGGUCAGCAGCAUGGCUAAGGAGGGCUACUAAGAAUGAUACUUACCUAAACUAUUUGCACACCAAUCGCCAAACACUUGGUGAUUCUGACACUAUUAACGACUUCGGUUGGGACAAUAAGUACGCCGGCAUAAACGUUCUGGUCUCUAAGGUCACACGCUGACGUGACGCACAUAUGAUGGUCCACGUGUGCACCACAACAUUGAGCAAUGGCUAAUUGGGCUUCCACGUGAGUGCCACAUAAGCAAACUGUUGUCAGCGGGACAGAGAACAUGCAAAUUGAUUCAAUUGAACGUUUUUCAAAGUUUGAGGAUUUGAUUAAUUUUUUUUAAGUAUAAGAUCCUAAUUGACGUUAUUGUGAGAGUACGAGAACCAAAUUCAUAGUUUUCU